AUGGCUCUUUCCGCUAAAGAUUCAAACCCCACUCAAACUGGGACCCGUAUGGAUAAUACGCCUACUGGGACCACUCCACCAACACAAACAACAUCACACUCAUCUCCUAUGGCUAUAUGGCAAAGCUUUACUCACCAUCGUCGUAACCUUCAAGUCCAAAAAACGACCGUAUAUGAGGAUAAACAAGCAAAAAGCGAGGCUCAACACCGUCGUCAUGAAUUUACCUUUGUUCGAUCCAACGAAGAGAAUAGUGCCGCUUUCGAUCUUGCAGGCAUUAAUGAUGUGUCACCCGAAGACUUCUUUGGGGCUCUUGUUCAUCAACAUCCCAAUGCUAUAGGAUGGGUGCCUAGCAAGCACUCUGCCUCUUGUGUCAUCGUCUCCUUCGAGGAUUCAUCGUCUCGUGAUGCAGCUGUGCAUGCAGGGGUAUCAGUCAAGAAUCUAAUGGUUCCUGGUGUUCCCACCGUGGGAUUGGAAAACUCAGUGUAUCAAGUUGCUUUAGAUGGUCUCCCUCUUAUGAAUCGUGAGGUUUUAGCAACAGCCCUACGUGAGACCAUGGGUCGUUAUGGUCACAUUUUGGAUAUCAAGCUUUGUACCGACAAAUUCCAUUUGCUCACGGGUCGUGGCUCAGUGCUUUUGGAUAUCUCCGCUGAAGGUGGAGAAGAUGCUUAUCUUGCUUUGGAACAUGAGGUUCAUUUGGAAGUUAAGGGCACCAAACGUAUCAUUUUGGCCCGCUGGAGAGGCAUGGCCAUUCAUUGCAAUUACUGCAAGAAAGAGGGGCAUAAGAUUGCCGAUUGCCAAAAAUUAAAGGAGCGCAAAGAACGCAUGAAUGUUCGCAAGCUUUGUUUCAUUUGUCAAUCCCCCGAUCAUUUGAAAGCCGAUUGCCCACGCAGUCAGCAACCUUCGUUAGGUGCAAAACGUCCUCGUAUGGCUGAUGCGUUUGAGAAUAUCCAUGUUUCCGAUACCAACACAAAGGAAAAGCAACCAACACAGGCCCCUUUUGAAAAGGUAUCGAAGCAACCUCCUGAAACACCUUCUGAUGCUGCACCUAAACGACACAUGGCCUCCCAAAAUCAUCGACCAGGAGAUACUGCUGAGGAUCCUUGCAUACUAUCUGAUUCUGAUGAAUCAAUUACAGAAGCAGAAAAGGUGAUUAACAUCCAUACGGUGAAACGAGAACCUGAAGAUGUUGCCAUGGAGACUGAUCGAGGGGGCUCAGACACUGCGCUGUCGAAUCACAAUGAUCGACAGUUUGGACGAAUACUACGCAACUUAAAAUAUGACAUACUCGCUUUACAAGAAACCCAUAUUGAUUCGGACGACUUGGGUGACAUUACACAAACCAUCCUUCAGGCCCACUCUUCAGCAUGGACUCCAUAUUGUGGGGUCAUAAGUCUCAACCCUGCCUUUACUAUUCACAUGAUCACAAAAGCCCUCGAGGGACGUUUAUUAUGCGUGAAGGUAUCACAUUGCCAACAACUAUGUGAUGACCUUUUAUUAUACAUCAUCUAUGCACCUGCCACGGCUUUGGAUCGACCAAGGUUUUAUCAACAACUAUAUGAUUUUAUGCACACACAACCUACACAACGCAGCAUCCUUUUAGGGGACUUCAACUACAACAUUCACCUACGAGCACCUAACACCUUCCCAAUCACAUGGUCCAAUUGGCUCACCUCCAUGUGGCAUGACCCAUUUCACAAUGAUGAACAAACACGAGGCGCUGCUACCUUUCAUCGUGGCAACACCACCAUCGACUUUAUCCUUUGCUCCAAUGAUCUGGAGACUAAGAUUCACCAUCCCACAAUUUCUUAUGUAUCGCAUACUGAUCACAACGCCCUUGCCAUCACCAUGACUACAGGUAUACCUAUGACUGGACCUGGUAUAUGGCGCCUGAAUCCACAACUCUUGCGCAAUGACUAUGUGAGAGAGGAAAUACAAACAUGGUUGGAUGUUGCUACCUUGCAUUUACCGGAUACCACACCCUGUCAUCAAUGGGAUUGGUUGAAGAGCCAUUUGAAAGCCUUUUGCCAGGUGCUCUCACGAAAAGUGGCAUCACACCGAAACCGGCAGCUUCAAUAUUUACAACGUGAAUACCGCCAAUGUUUACAUGCCAAUGCUCUCUAUGAAUCCAUCAGCACUCAAACACGCCUUCAGCAAAUACGUGCAUCCAUGGAUCAAAUACAAGAAGCCGAUGCUGAUAUCCUAGCAUUGCGAGCUGGUAAUCGAUGGCGUGAAAAAGGUGAACGAUCCAAUGCAUACUUUUUUAACUGCCUCAAAGAACGCCAGACCAAGCAAUACAUACAUGCAUUGAGCAACGAUGAUGGGACUUUAUGUACAUCACCUGGUGACAUGGCCCAAUGUGCCCACGAUUUUUAUAGUCGACUUUAUCAAGCCGAAGACAUUGAUCAAGAGUCUCUGCAUGAGACUCUAUCAGCCAUCCCACCUGAAAGCUGCUUGGAUGAUCACGAUCGAGCUUGCCUUAUGGAACCGUGGACUGAUGAGGAGAUCACUAAAGGUCUCACACGAAGCCCCUAUAAUAGCAGCCCUGGUGUUGACGGCUUCCCAUAUGAGUUGUUGCGGUUUAUUUAUACACACGAUCGUACAAGCUCGCUCAUGAAACAGGUGUUCAAGGAUGCCCUUUGUAUGCAACGGACACCUGAGUCCUGGCGAAAAUCCGUUGUGGUAUUGUUACCGAAAAAGGGCGAUCGUACAUCAUUGCGAAAUUGGCGCCCUAUUUCGCUCAUAUGUACCGAUGCCAAAGUGUUUACACGCAUGCUCACUGCAAGAGUGGCCUCUCUCAUGGAUAAGAUGAUUAAUCGCUACCAAACCGGUUUCCUUCAUGACCGAUUUAUUGGUGAUAACGGAUUAUUGGCAAGGUUGACAAUGUCUCUAGCACAACAAUACAAGAUUCCAGGAGCCGCCUUACUUUUGGACCAAGAAAAGGCGUAUGAUAGAGUGCAUCCACAAUACUUGCAAGCGGUUCUACACAAGUUUGGUUUCCCCGCACCUUGCAUUGAAAGCAUAUCACAUUUGUUUUUCAAUACUCAGCUAUCGAUCAACAUCAAUGGAUACCUCUCCAAACCAUGUCACCAACAAAGAGGUUUGAGACAAGGUGAUCCCCUUUCCCCGCUCCUUUUCAAUUUAGCCCUUGAACCAUUCCUUCGUUCUCUUCUAUCAUCUUCCCAACUACGUGGCUUCGAUUUUGCUAUCCCCAAUUCUCCACUUGCCUCUUCUCAUCUUGGAUCCAUCCCUCCUACACUGAAAACACUUGCCUAUGCUGACGAUGUCCUUAUUUUCGUCUCCGAUCCUGCCGAAAUCCAACACAUUAUGACGAUCAUCGAUCACUAUUGUAAAGCCUCCAACGCGAAGCUCAAUCACCAAAAAUCCAUGGUAGUAGCACUCAAUGGCAGAGUCUCCCCCGAAUGGCGUCAAGGAUUUUCUGACCAGGGUAUUCAUCAAUGGCAUGAUCGUUCCACAGCUGACGCAGCUAUAUAUCUGGGUUUUCCCCUUACCAGCACUCGAUCUCAAUUGGAGACUUUCCUUCAGCUACAAUUAGACAAGCUACGCAAAUACGCUGAUAUCCUCUCACAACGUCGUCUCUCAAUACGAGGAAAAGCAUUAGUGGCAAAUGCUUUAUUGCUCAGCAGAAUAUGGUAUUGCCUUCGCAUCAUCCCUCUCACACAACAAUACCUUGGCUCUAUACAAUCUAUUAUUGGUCGUUUCCUUCAGGGCACCACCAUCCCAAAAGUCAGCUUUGAUAUAUGCACUCGUCCAAAGAAAGAAGGCGGCCUUGGCAUACUUCACCCCACACAUCAUUUACUCUCUCUUCAAUUACGAUGGAUCCUCCCUCUACUUUCUCAACACCAUGCUGACUCCAAAUCCCUUGCUAUCCCCUAUCUCCGAUUUUGUAUCCAAAACUUUUGUAACACCCUUUCCCCCGUUGUCCCUAUCCUCUUCCCCGAACGUCGUGUCACCCUGCUAUCCACUUUUGGCCACUUCAAGACAUUGUUUCAAGCAUGUGACAAGCUGCAACUUCAAGUCAAUUGGCAACAGGUGACACAUCACACCGUGCUUGAUUUCCCGCUUAUACGUACUUGCACAUUUGCUGGCUCUGCUGCAGAGGCACCUACCCCAACAUGGCGUUACCAUUUGGUUCGUGAUGCCUUUAUUUUGUCUACCAGAGUUUGCAUACUACGAGCUCGUAAUCCUCGAGAACGCUCACAGCAUACCUACCAUGUGGCACGCUAUCACCGAGCUACUGCACGUGAUGGUAAUUGGCGCAUCAAACCAUUCAUGAAACACCUUCUCGAUUCCCUUCCCCCUAACCCCAUUCCCCUCGACAUUCAAUCCGACUACUAUCGUCUCAUCGUGCCGACCACCAAAUCAGGCCUUGACAUUGACUCAUUCAAACGCAAAGAUUUUCGCUACAGUCUCUUGCCAGCCCUCACAGCUCUUCCAUCAUCCUAUCCACGAGAGUCAAAAGGAGCAUGGCACCGGUUUUGGAACUUGGCCAUUCCACACAAAGCAACCACAGUCCUUUGGAGAUUGAUACAGCAUCGCCUUUCCAGCCGUGAACGAUUACAUCGUAUCAUUCCUUCCACCUGUCAAACAAACGCCUGCCUUAUUUGUGAAAGCUCGCCUGACCAAACUGCUACACACAUUGAAACCGAUCAACAUUUUCUUUUUUCGUGCCCUUCGGUGAAACAAGUAUGGUCUAUUAUCGCUGCACGUUUUUUCGAUACCCCAUCCGCCCUACAAUGGGAUCAUGUGUCCACCUUGACCUUACGGCCACCAAAGACUCUUUCUCACACCAAGGUCCAUGGCAGUAUUGUCAUUGCUUGUGGCGUACUUGCUAUAUGGAACGCACAUUGGCGAUUCAUCUUCGAUAAUCAGUCCUUCAAUUCACAAGCCAUCGCCAAUACAGCCAUUCAUCAUAUUCUCCGCAUUGAACAAGAACAUCAAAUAGCUUAG